GACAAUUGGACAUGUACCUGAGACCUGAGGACCCUGAGUUCCUCCUGGAAGUCCUGGAGUUCCUAAGCAAGAUUCUUCUUCUAGAUGGUUCUAAAUGCUAUAAAAUCUUCUGAUUAGUGUCUUUCCAACAUGAGUGCUUACAGUAGACCCCCACACGCAGUCUGCGCGACAUGCCUAAGCCAAAAUAGACAAAUGUUUACAUUGCCAUUGCAACACAUCAAACUAGUUUCUAUGUUUUAUAAGGAUUUGACUCUGACUGAAAACGACCAAAUUUGCUGGGAGUGCAAACAUUUUGUUAUAAAAAUGGUAAAUUUCAAAGAUAGGGCCAUAAAAGCACAAAGCACUCUGGCAGGCAUGAUUAAUAAAAAGCAAAUCUCCAUUGGAAGUCUAUCCGCGCUCAAAAUAUGUAAUGGAAUAUACUUGGAAAUAACAAACACAACACCAAACAUGCCUGAAGACCCACUUCUUAUCGAGAGAGUAAAAUCUGAACCAGAUUUAAACAGACCAAGUAACAAAUGCAAUAUGGAAAAUAGCAAUACCGAAGGCUUAACUCAGGAGUCCCAUAUUGUUAAUACCCCUAUUGGUAUUCUUUUGGUCAAAGAUGAAACUCUACUCGAAAACGAAACUCACGCUAGUGUGGUACAGGGAUCUGUUCCUCAAAUACAUGAAUCUGUGCCUCAAAUACAUGAGUCUGUACCUCAAAUACAUGAAUCUGCACCUCAAAUACAUGACACAAAUCCAGAGUGGGAGUCUGUACGUCAAAUACAUAACUCUGCACCUCAAAUACAUGAGUCUGUACCUCAAAUACAUGAAUCAGUACCUCGAAUACAUGCAUCUGUACCUCAAAUACAUGAAUUUGUACCUCAAAUACAUGACUCUGUUCAUCAAAAACAUGAGUCUGUACCUCAAAUACAUGAGUCUGUACCUCAAAAACGUGCUGGAGUGUGGGAAAGUAUGUUAAAUCAGGAAUGUGUGCCUCGAGUUGAAAACCCUGGUGUUUGGAGUGAGGUUGGGUUUGCAGAUGCGACACUGAUGUCACUUUUGAAUAGGAAAUCCGUCGCAUACCCUCCACCAAUAAACAUACCCCAACAAAAACUACCAAUGAUAGAAGUGCCUACAUUAAUUCUACCAAAAAACCCUACGACCGAGAUAGAUGCAGAAAAACCUGACACUUCGGAAAAUCCUGAUACGUCAGGUCCAAGUUUUACAGAAGAGAGAUUGACAGAAGAGGAGAGAAGGAAAUGGUGGGAGAGUAAGAAGGAGAACGCGUUCUAUGCGAACAGUAUAGAUGUGUUUAGAUGUGAGAAAUGUGUGGAGCCCUUUUUUACAAGGAGAACGUUUUUGGGACAUCAGAAGGUACAUACCGAGAUAUACGGCAAGCAUAUAUGCAACAUUUGCAAGUUGAGGUUCCACACUGCAGACGCUCUGGCGACGCAUAAGGACACGCAUUAUAGACUGUUGAAGUGUACCCGCUGUGAUCAUAAAUGGGACUCCCCAAACUCGAUGCGUCGCCACUGCGAGACGGAACACUCGAUACCUGUUAGUGCUUGGAACUGUGACAUUUGUACCAAGGAACUCACUGUGUACGGAAGAUAUCUCAACCACCUUCGGUGUCAUGGACGCGAAUAUUGCAACCAGUGCGACAAGUGGCUGUUUAUCAACCAAAUGAAAGUUCACCAGCUGACUCAUAAGGACGAGCGGCUGUUCAAGUGUUCUGAGUGUGAGAAAAGCUUCAAAACGCAGCUGAAUCUUACUACUCACAUAGCUCGAGUCCAUUCUCCUGAGGACGCAAUGAUGUAUUGCGCGCAAUGUGACAAACAGUUCAAAAAUAUGUUCUCGUACAGCUACCACCUGAGGAACGCGAGCGGACACGUCCCCAAAGAAAGGCUUAUGUACAAAUGCACGCAGUGUGAACGACAGUUCAGGAUCAGGAGUCAGCUGGCGCGCCACGUGGAAGCCGCGCACAGUCACGAGCGCAGACACGAGUGCCAAGUGUGCCGCGAGAUGUUCAAAAGUGCGAAAAGCCGGCGUCGACACGUGCGGCUGGUGCACGAAAACUACAUCGCGCCCAAGGACAAGAUCUGCGACUACUGUGGAAAGGCCUUUAGGGCUAAGAAAACCCUCUCAGAUCAUAUAAACACGCACACAGGCCGCCGGCCGUUUGUGUGCAAGCUGUGCGGGGCGGAUUUCUGCCACCAGAGCGCGCUGUAUCUGCAUGCCCGGUACAAGCAUAGGAUACCGAAGAAAUCUGGCAGGACUCUCAAGAAAGUGGCUGGAGAUAAGGUUGAAGCAUAGGACAGACUUUCCUAUACUUAAAAUAAUAGUACAUUACGAUACAAGUGCGUAAAAAAGGAAGUUCGAAACGAGUGGCGAUAAAUUAAAACACGACCGAAGGGAGUGUUUUA